CUUGCACAGGAUGUUGGAAAAAGAUAGAAGUAUUUAUUUGUCCUGCAACAAAGUACCGGUAAAGAAUAAUUACAUGUGUGUGUAGCCAGUCUACAAACACUAUAUAAUUAGAUGCAUACAUGUAUAUAUAGAGCGUCAUUGUAUGUAGCUGCUUCAUUCACAGUGUAGGCAGCUGGAACAAUAAGCAAAUUAACUCAAAUUGUAAUAUACAAUAUUGAGCAAUUAAUGGAAUAUGUUUCAUGCAUAAUUGUUCUGCUUUUUUUAUUUUUAAUUAAUGUUGGAAUGAGUAAUAUUUUUCCAUAUUGACUGCUUUGCGGAACUCUAUUUAUAAACGUGCGGUUGACAUACGAGAACAACAAUGGAAAUAUAAAGAUGAAGCAAAUUGAUACUAUGAAUAUAUCAUAGAUUGGAUAUAUCAUAUUCAUAGUUUCUACAUGAUAAAGUACAGAGGAGAAUCUACAAGCAACAAUAUAUGAACACAUUUGAAGGAAUUUUCAGUGACAGCACUGAGAACAUACUUGUAAAACAGAUCACAAUGUGACGCCAGACUCAGUAAGCUUUUCAAUAAGAGAAACCCUUGCUACAUGUAUGUUGCCAUUGUGAAAGACGUAGUAAAAUUAUUCUAGUGUGGAAUUCUUAAGAAAACAAUAGGAUUUUAACUAUUCAGGAUAAUCCAAACAGAGAUUAAGUGGAUCAGAAAAAGACAGGAGCCAUGGUAUUUUAUAGAAAACAAUAUUAAUGUGUGGGAUUUUUUACUUGAAUACUGAGUCUGUGAAAAAUAUUAAUAACAAUGUACAAUACAACUGUGGCACUAUUGCAAGAUUUAAAUACAACAUAUCAGAGUACGUAUUUCACAACAGAACAUAAUCAAUCAGAGAGUGCUCAAGAAGUGACCACACCAUCAGAAUUGAACUCUAGUGUUUGGAUAACAAUCAACCAAUCAAACAAUAGCUCUUCCUUGAAUAAAACAUCGAUACCAUCAAACAUAAUGACGAUGGACUUGAACGUGUCAGUGGCUGCGUAUGAAACACUGUAUAAUACAUCUUCCAAACAGGAACUGGCUAGAAACUGCUCGUUGUUUGUAUACUGGCACAACCACCAAAGUGGGAACAUUUCCCUAAACAAAUUAGCAUUCAUAUUCUUAUCUAUAUUAGGAUUUACAGCAAUUUUCGUUAACGUUGCAUUUUUGGUAGCGUCAAGAUUUGUGAAGAACCAGAAAGAUUCUUCAUUACUCUAUAUCAGGAACAUUGGUGUCGCUAAUGUAUUUCUGGGAUUAUUUGCAGUUGGAAAAGCAUUUCAUGUUACAUAUGGAUUAGGUGCUAAAGUGAACUUUUUCUUAAGUGAAGCAUUUCUCUAUACUUCUUUCUUGGCAUCAGAGCUUGUCUUGCUAUUUUACACUUUAGAUGUUUAUAUGAAAAUCAUGCAUCCCAUCAGAUACAGUGCACGGUUAGACGAAGGUGCGAUGAUAAUGUGGUUCACACUGCUUUGGAAUAUAUCAUUUGUUUUCGGAUUCUCUCCUCAAAUGGGUUGGAGCAUGGAAAAUUGUAACUUUCCACAUCAUUUCUUCAAAUACUACCCUUACAGUUAUUUGAUUGUUCUAGCAGUUCAAUAUGUCACUUGCUGUUCUCUGGUUCUCUUGUUGGACAUCAAAAUAUGGUUUGGAUUAUGCAAGCUUCGAAAACUUUCAACAAGUAGAGAGAACCAAGGGAUACACUACCAGAAAGAGUUACGUCUAAAUGUGAAACUGAUCGCAACAGCAGGAGUGGAUCUUGGAUCAUUAAUUAUAGGGUAUACACCACUGGUGGUAUAUAUUUUUAUUCAUCGGAAUUCAAAAGAAACUAUUAACUCAGAUGACCAAGAAUCAUAUUUACUGUUUUUUUACAUUGGCAUAUUGGUUAAAUCACUUUGGGAUACUGUCUUUCACGGAGCUUACACAGCAGAAAUAUGGGAGUUGGUACAUACUAUGUGUUUAGCACGAGUGAUUAAUCGUAAUCAACAAUCUGAUGAAUUUGGAGUAAUAGAACAAAGACAAGAAAUAGAGGUGCAAACAAUUGCCUAUAAUUCAAACAGGAAACGAAGUAGUGCUAAAUCAACAUCUACCUUAACCACAACAGUUUCGCAAGACAGUGUUUCUUCUGGCCAAAUAGCAAUGAAGAACCCAUACAAGGGCCCUCCUAAAUCAAGAGAUGGACUGUUACCAAGAGGUCCUGUGAAACUUACUCAAUUCAAUAUGCCUUCAACUUCUAGUCAGUGAGACAAAUGGAUUAUGCAUAUAGCAUCAUACUUUUAUCAUUGAUGGAAAGGUAAUGUCAUGAUGAGGUAAAAGCCAUAGGUUUCUGUUAUCAAAAGUGCAUUGUAUAAUAAAGUUCAGUUUUCAAGUGCCAGAUGUGAUGUAUUUCAUACAUAUUUCAAUCAGUCAUCAUCAAUAAAAGUAAUAUCUUUUCAGUACAGUAUAGACUGAAGGUAUAGAUUAAUUUCUUUUCAUGAAAUCUUUUUAAUAAAGAGGAUUUAUAUUAGAAAAUGUAAAUGACAUUAUACCUGAUAAAACUUAGUUUUGUUAUUAAGUUUUUUAAAAAAUUUUGAUUAAAUAAACAUUAAUAUUUUUGAUUUGUAUUCUGACUCUUUGUUGUUGUCAUUUUGUUAAGUUUUCAAAACAAGGGAAAUCUUUUCACUCAUAAUAUUCAACACGAAUCUUGGCUUAUAUCAAUCACUGGUUUCUUGAUAAUGUUCCAUAAAAGUAUAUAAUUGAUGUAUAUUGUAGCAUUUGCUGAACUGCAAAUAAUUUCAUUCAUUAUUAAAUACUUGUACUUGAGAAUAUUUCAUAACAAGAAUAUCUGUGAUUAUAUGUUUUAUUCAGUUCAGCUCUUCAUGGACCACAUCCUUAAAUAGCUAGCUCGAAAUGACUACUCAUUGUCAUUAAAUGAAGAUUAGUCAAUAUACAGCACUACUAAUCUCCAAUAUUUAGUAAUUGGGAACUGCAAACUGUUGAAUAUUUGAGAAUAACAUUUCACAAAAUCUGUUAGCUUUCUUAAAAAGUGAUGAUAAAACACUGAGAUGUUUUGACCAAAAAGGUAAAAUUCGGAUCUUACGCCAUAUUGAGAAAAAUCUGUCUAGAUCACUGUUCUUGGUUUAACUUCCAAGGUAGUUGUGUUUAUUAUGUGAAUUACCAGAUGUGAUAUUCAAAUCCUGGUGAUGGAAGUGAAAAAUUAUUGAGUAUCUAAAUUACACUUCCAGUAUGAUAUUUUGCAUUUGUACAGUGUAAAUGGAAAUAAUAUUCAACAAUCUCAGAUCGUAUCAAGAUUUAUUUUCUUCUAAAGAAUAGAUGCGCAAUGAUUCUUGAAAUUGGCACUUAUACAUGUUUAUGUCAUUACUACCUAUACACAUGCUCAUUUAACCUUCAUUGUGGCAUUAUACGCUGCCGAGUUAAUGAAGUGAAAAUUAGUUUUUUCAAUUAAGGUGAAUACAUAUACCAUACAAAUUGCAUCAAUUCUAUGAUCAAUAACACUGUUAUAGUAAAUAUAAUAGUACUAUAGUAAUAGUAUGUACAUUUAAAGAGAUUAAAUGCAGAAUACUGUUUGUAAAAACAACUAUGGGAUUUUGAUCUCAUUGAUCAUUGGCAUUCAAAGAGAUAUUGUAAUUACUAAUGCCUCAGUCACAUUUGAUCUAAAGGCAACCGGAGGGCAUCUGUAGCUUCCCAAAAUUGAAUGAAAUAUGCAGUAUAAAAUAUAGUGUUAAGCAGUAUGGUGUAGGUUUUCUAUAUCGAUUUUGUGAAGCUACGGCCCCCCCCCCCCCCUGUAUAGCAAAUGAGGCUUUAGUAUCAAUUGAAAACAGAUUUGCAAUGAAAUGAUGUAUGUAUCUACACAUUUUCUAUGUUUGUGAUUUGCAUAUUUGGCAAUAAAACUUCAGGAAAUGGUAAAUCCAUUUUUCUUUAUAAAGAUUUCUCUCAUUUUGUGUUCUCAGCUAUUGUUAUUGUCAUUAAUUUAUAUUUCUUUAAUACUUAACACAAUACUUUAUAUUGUUGAGGGUGCUUUAUCAUAACUAUAAAGGGGAUGUAUCUUUCUGAAAGCAUGGCUGAUUCUAUUUAUUUUUUAUUGUAAUACUGUCUUGAGCUGAAUGGUACAAUAUUUGUCUGUUCUCAUUCUGAAUCUGGUCAUGAUGCCCA